AUCUAUCGGUUGGGUUCACUCCUUCAAAUCAACCUCUAAUUUUUGUUUUUUUUUUAAAUUAAUUUUCCGUUCAUUCUUCUUCCUCAUAUAAACCCAGAACCACUCUUCUAAACCCUAAAUUUCUCUGGAUCGCGAUGAUCGUAAGAUGUAUUCUUUCUCGUUCCCAUCAUCUUCUUAUUCAAUUCUCCACCAAUUCAACUCUAAAUCGUUCUCUUCUCGACACAGUUUCCACCUGUAGCCGUUAUCUCACCUCUAGGUAUAUCUCCACUCCUCCUCCGGAUGAAAUGUACGGAUUCGACGAACCUUUCUCACCCAACGAGCCGCGGGAAGUGGUGGGUUUCACUAAAGACUACACCUUUUUGCUUGAUUCUCUUGCUGACUCUCGAAAGACCACAACUGAAUCACCACCUUCCCUUGAUGCUAUGGCCAUUGCAGACGCUGUCUCUUGCGGCGAAGACCUGUUUGGGAGCAAAUCCCAGAAGCUUCUUAGGCAAUUCAGAGAGAAACUUACCGAGAGCUUAGUAAUCGAAGUGUUGCGUUUGGUAGAAAAACCUUCCGUUGUUAUCAGCUUCUUUAUUUGGGCAGGUAGGCAGAUAGGUUACAAGCACACACCAUCCGUGUACAACGCUUUAGUAGACUUGAUUGUAACUGAUAAUGACGAAAAAGUCCCUGAAGAGCUCCUCCAGCAGAUCAGAGAAGACGACAAGGAGACCCUGGGGGAGUUUCUGAACGUCUUGAUAAGGAGACGCUGCAGGAACGGCUCCUUCAGCGUUGCUCUCGAGGAGUUAGGGAGGCUGAAGGAUUUUAGUUUCAGACCUUCGAGAUCUACUUAUAACUGUUUGGUUCAGGCUUUCUUGAAAGCUGGUAGUUUGGACUCUGCUUCUUUAAUUCAUCGGGAGAUGUCGGUUGCGAAUGUGAGUAUGGAUGGGUUUACGCUUCGUUGCUUUGCUUACUCCCUCUGUAAAGUAGGGAAGUGGAGGGAGGCUCUAGCGUUGGUGGAAGCUGAGAGGUUUGUGCCUGAUACAGUCUUUUACACGAAACUGAUAUCUGGUCUGUGCGAAGCCUCGCUUUUCGAAGAGGCUAUGGAGUUCUUGAAUAGGAUGCGAGCUGAUUCCUGCCUUCCGAAUGUGGUGACGUAUUCGACUCUGCUGUGUGGAUGCUUGAAUAAAAAACAGCUGGGGAGGUGUAAAAGGGUGCUUAACAUGAUGAUGAUUGAAGGUUGUUAUCCGAGUCCCAAGGUUUUUAAUUCUCUUGUGCAUGCGUAUUGCAAAACGGGAGAUCAUUCAUAUGCGUACAAACUGUUUAAAAAGAUGGUUCAGUGUGGUUACACGCCAGGGUAUGUUGUCUACAAUAUAUUGAUUGGGAGUAUCUGUGGUGGUGGCGAAGACUCGCUUAGUUCUGAUCUUUUGGAAUUGGCUGAGAAAGCUUAUACUGAGAUGCUUGCUGCUGGGGUGGUUCUUAAUAAGAUCAAUGUCAGCAGCUUCACGAGGUGUCUUUGUAAUGCUGGGAAGUAUGAGAAGGCGUUCAGUGUUAUUCGCGAGAUGAUCGGUAAAGGAUUUGUACCGGAUAACAGUACCUAUUCCAAAGUCCUUGGCUAUUUGUGUAACGCUUCGAAAAUGGAAAUGGCGUUUUUGCUGUUUGAAGAGAUGAAAACUGGUGGCCUUGUUGCUGAUGUCUACACGUAUACUAUCAUGGUAGAUAGUUUCUGUAAAGCUGGCCUGAUUGAACAGGGUCGUAAGUGGUUCGAUGAGAUGAGGAACGUUGGUUGUGCACCUAACGUCGUCACGUAUACUGCUCUCAUCCAUGCUUAUCUUAAGGCUAAUAAGGUUGGCUAUGCGAAUGAGCUGUUUGAAGUGAUGAUAUCCGAAGGAUGUGUCCCCAACAUCGUGACAUACUCUGCCUUGAUCGAUGGGCAUUGCAAAGCUGGACAAACGGAGAAAGCUUGCCGGAUUUUUGAAAGAAUGUGCGGCAGCAAAGAUGUUCCGGAUGUGGAUAUAUACUUCACGGAGCAGCACGAUGGCGAGCGACCAAAUGUAGUUACAUACGGAGCUUUGGUAGAUGGUUUCUGCAAGUCCCAUAGGGUAGAGGAAGCUCGUAAGCUGUUGGACGCUAUGUCCAUGGAAGGUUGUGAGCCGAAUGAGAUUGUGUACGAUGCUCUUAUCGAUGGACUCUGCAAGGUUGGGAAGCUAGAGGAAGCGCAAGAAGUGAAAACUGAGAUGUCUGAGCAUGGAUUCAUCGCGACCAUAUAUACUUACAGCUCUUUGAUUGAUCGUUAUUUCAAAAUGAAGCGACAAGAUUUAGUCUCAAAGGUUUUGUCGAAGAUGCUUGACAGCUGUAAGCCUAACGUGGUUAUAUACACCGAGAUGAUUGAUGGGUUAUGCAAGGUUGGUAAGACUGAUGAAGCUUAUAAGCUUAUGAAAGUGAUGGAAGAGAAUGGGUGUCAGCCAAACGUUGUGACGUAUACGGCGUUGAUCGAUGGAUUUGGAGUGAUUGGUAGAAUAGAAACAUGCCUUGAGCUCUUAGAGCGAAUGGGUUCCAAAGGUGUUGCUCCUAACUAUGUUACUUAUAGGGUGUUGAUUGGUCAUUGUUGCGAAAACGGUGUGUUGGAUGUGGCUUACAAGCUUUUAGAAGAAAUGAAACAGACGCAUUGGCCUACACACGCUGCAGGAUACCGCAAAGUCAUUGAAGGAUUCAGUAAAGAGUUUGUAGAGUCUCUUGGGCUUUUAGAUGAGAUAGCGAAGGAUGAUACUGCCCCGUUUGUUUCUGUAUAUAGGCUUCUGAUUGAUAAUCUUAUUAAAGCUGAGAGGUUGGAGAUGGCUCUUACGCUUCUUGAAGAGGUUGCAACACUGUCACCCACGUUGGCUAACUACGGUAGCACAUAUAGUAUGUUGAUUGAAAGCCUUUGCCUUGCUGAUAAAGUGGACAAGGCUUUUCAGUUGUUCUCGGACAUGACGAAGAAAGGUGUCAGUCCGGAUAUGGAAUCGUUCUGUAGUCUUGUCAAGGGACUUUUCCGGAACAGGAAGAUCAGUGAAGCACUUUUGCUUCUGGAUUUUGUAUCGCAAAUGGAGACUCAGUGGAUAGAAGAAAAGAAUGUAUCUGAUGGGGCUUAGGCUUAUUGAUCCAUGAUCUCUAGUUCUCUGAUUUUGAUCACUGAAAUGGUGCAUCUGAUGCUGAGCAUCCUACUCAAAACCUGAAAUUGUCAAGGCUGGGAGCAUCCAUCCUGUUCAAGGCUGGGAGCUAUGGAUAACGUAUUGGGAAGAUCACUAGGAGCAAAGAGCUGUAUUGGUUUUUUUGGGACAAAAAUCCUUGGUUCUCCUUUGUACAUGAUGUGUUGUAAAUUUGUAUUUGGAGUGAAUCUCGGGUCUCAAUGAAAGUUGAUUGACCUCCUUUGAACGCUCUACAACAGCAUCAGUGCUUCGGUAAAGGUAAGCAUGACUUUGGUAGAGGUUGUAAGAUCGUUAGAUCUCAUAUUUUACCAGAGAAGGCAGUCGAUAUAGAAAAGAGGUGGGUGUUACUGUGUUUUGGAAGUGCAAUAUGGGUUACAAAGUCUUGUUAGGAUCCUAGAGUCAUAUAUAUUAACAAGGACAUUUUUGAUUGGGUUGAAAUAGUUUAGUUUUGCUAUAUGCUGGCCUGGCAUCACCUGAUACAGAGAAUAAGAUAUCAUUGUGCCUUUAGUUUAGUUUAUCUCUGUAGGUUCACUUCAAAAGUUUUGAAAGAAAUGACAUUGUAAAGAGCAAUCAUGAUAUGCAAAAAUGCAACAAGAGUGAUACUUUGUAAAUUCGUUGUUGUUUUUUUGGUAAGCUACAUAUAUAAUUCGAUUUAUCUCUUA